AUAAAAAAUCUCAUUAUUAUUAGACUCAAUUCCGUUCCUUUACAACCCUACUCGUGAUAAGGUCAUGCACCGGUUGAUGACAUUGCACAAUGUAUGGUGAAACAAUUCCCAGCUCAUCAGAGCACCUAGAAAGAAGGUCGGUGCCCGCCCUUGCUCUGAGGAUAACGAGUAUUUCUGGAUCCUGAAAAAUGAUAUGGGAAGUGGAAAUGCAAGGAAAGUCGUUUGCGUAUCUCUUUUAUGUUCUGAUACAUAUCUCUACCUUUCUUAAUCUUUGUCUAAUACUCCGUAGUUUAAAUUGCUAAAACGAGUCUCCCUCUAGUAAGCUUGCAGACUGAAGAAGAAGAAGACAGUCAGGCAUGGCAACCACGUUCAGCCUCCUCCAACUCCCAGUCCUUUCCUCAUCAAAGCAGAAACAACCCAUCAUCCCAAAGUCGGUUUCCUCAAUACCCAUCAGACCAAAUCUUCCCCAGAUCUCCCAAAACCCUCUUAAACAAACCAUUGACUCGCCGCUCAAAUUCGCCUCUCUCCCGCUUAGUUGCAUUUCACUGACUUUCCUUUUCGAUGCUCAGGAUGCUAUUGCGGUUGGUGGGGAAUUCGGGAUUCUUGAAGGGCGUAGCUUUGCCAUGAUUCACCCUAUUGUUAUGAGUGGGCUGUUUGUUUACACCUUGUACGCCGGAUUCCUUGGUUGGCAGUGGCGGCGCGUGCGCACACUACAGGAUGAGAUCAGUCAGCUGAAGAAGCAAGCCAGGGUGCCAGUUAUUGACGACGCCACUCCUACUAAUCUCUUUCAGCCAUCUCCUGUUGAAAUCAAGAUUCAGCAACUUACUGAGGAGAGAAAGGCAUUGGUGAAGGGUUCAUUCAGGGAUAGACAUUUUGAUGCUGGCUCUGUAUUGUUAGGAUUUGGGGUCUUUGAGGCCAUUUCAGGAGGAUUUAACACUUGGGUUAGGACGGGGAAGCUGUUCCCAGGGCCUCACUUGUUUGCAGGGGCAGCAAUUACUGUCUUGUGGGCGGCAUCUGCUUCUCUUGUACCUGCAAUGCAGAAGGGAAGCGAAAGUGCAAGAAAUCUUCACAUUGCUUUAAAUGCGUUGAAUGUCCUCCUUUUCAUGUCUCAGAUCCCUUCAGGAAUAGAAAUUCUCUUCAAAGCAUUUCAGUUCACUAGUUGGCCUUGAAAUGGAACCCAGCUAUUUGGGAAAACAAAAGAAAUUGUUCACUGUAAGACAGUAUUUUCUGUGUUGUUAUCACACUGCAGAUUAACCCCAACUGAUCUUUAGGUUCCUCUAUGAAUACACAGCGGAUUUUCCAUGAAACACUUGUUGAACUGUAGACUGAAAUUAUGCAGUGGGAAUUCUUUUUGCAUCUUAGAAUAUGAUCCCAUACAUACUCAUGUUGUGAAAAAAGAUUGUUUAAAUUGCUAAAAAUGAGUCUAAAAAAAUCUUUAGCACCCCCACCAUGAUAUUGGAAGAUGCUAGAGAAAGGAUUUGGUAUAAAGAUAUGUUUUGAUCCUGGAAGAUGCUAGAGAAAGGAAAUCAAAUGUUGGUUAAGAAUAUCAUCGAGAGAGCAAUGGGAGCAAGAGAUAUUGCUGCAACAGAAGCGUUUUAAGGGGAAACACUUCUUUCUUGACUAUCCUUUGACACACUGGUUGUAUUACUGAAGGUCAAAGUGGAUAGGUAUGUCAUAUGAAUCAAGGGAUGGUCAAUGUACAUUCGCACUGCCUUUAUGUAUGAGUACACCAUAUCUAUGGCCUGAUAUUGUAUUUAUUUGCUUUGAAUUGUUGCUUGUCCCAGCAAUGUCAACACACAAGUACUGUGCUGUCCAGUUAGUUUAUUGAAACUAUUUUUUCUUUCUUACAAAGAAACCAUUUAUUCCUUUAACCAAGUAAAAAAAUUAGGGGUGGGCAUAAAAUCCGAACCGAACCGGUACCGAACCGUCCCGUAAUGGUACCGAACCGAAUACCGGGUAUAUAAAUGGUUCUAUAGAUUUUUAUCCCAUACCUAAACCGUACCGUUUGAAACGGGUAUGGGAUCGGUCCUAUAUUUUGAGAACCGAAAAAUACCGGACCGAACCGUUCGAAAAUAAUGUAUUUUGAAUUUUUUAUAUUUUAUCUAUACCAAUAGAUCUCUUUUAUAGACCAACAAUUUUAUAGCCCAAGUAUGUAUAUAUUCAUGUGUCCCUAAGAUAUCUAAAUGUGU